AUGUUACUUCUUGCUUUAUGUGUUAUUUGCAGUUACGCAAAACUCUCACUCAACCAACAAGUAAUGCAACAAAUAUCUCAAUCAUUCAUGACAUUAGAAUUAAAUGAAGUUGAGUCAAUGACUUAUACUGUUCCAUUGGACCAUUUCAAUGCUAAUAACCAGAAUGACUUUGAUAUUCAAUACUUUGUCAAUAAAAAAUUCCUUGAUGCUAAUGACCCAAAUGCACCACUUUUUGUUUUAUUAGGAGGUGAAGGACCUGCCUCUCCUAAAGUAUUACAAAAUAAUUACGUUAUUGAUUCAUUGGCUAAAAAGCAUAAAGGAUUAAUGUUA